CUCAGUAAAACCUCGCUUAACCUGCGCACCGCCCUCUGCUUCUUACACCCUCACUCUUUUCUCUCACACUUAACAUGGAGAAGCUCGUAAGGGAGCAGCCAUGGCGUCGAGACCCGGCUCCGUACAGGCCUCCAGAGACACCUCUAGAGUCCAUGGAGUUCCUCUCGCGUUCCUGGAGUGUUUCUGCCCUUGAAGUUUCUAAGGCUCUGUCUCCGUCCCCAACGAUGAUGCUCUCUAAGGCUCCCAGUACUGCCGCCAUACAAGAGGACAUUGUUGGGGAGCUUGAAGAGAGCGGAGCCACUGUGUCUGGGAACCCAUUUUCUUUUGCAUCCUCUGAGACCUCUCAGAUGGUCAUGGAGAGGAUCAUGUCGCAGUCGCAGGAGGUGUCUCCGCGAACUUCAGGGAGGCUCUCGCACAGCAGUGGCCCUCUCAACGGCGCACAGAGCUGCGGUUCCUUGACUGACAGCCCUCCCGUCUCCCCUUCCGAAAUCGACGACGUCAAGCAGCAGUAUUGCCGAUCAAACAAUCCCACCGUUAACACCCAAUUCCGAUCUUCAGCCACGCCAAGCGUUGGUUCGACUAACAACGUUGUUGUUGCCGGUGGUGGAAAGACGGUUGGGAGGUGGCUGAAGGAUAGGAGAGAGAAGAAGAAAGAGGAGACCCGUGCAAACAAUGCCCAGGUCCAUGCGGCAAUUUCGGUUGCUGGGGUUGCGGCUGCUGUGGCUGCCAUUGCCGCCGCUACUGCGUCCUCGUCUGGGUCUGAUAAAGAUGAGCAGAGGGCGAAAACUGACAUGGCCGUGGCGAAUGCAGCAACCCUUGUUGCAGCUCAAUGUGUAGAGGCUGCAGAGGCAAUGGGUGCCGAAAGAGAGCAACUUGCUUUUGUUGUUAGCUCCGCCGUGAAUGUACGAUCACCCGGUGAUAUAAUGACGCUUACUGCUGCAGCAGCAACAGCGCUUCGUGGGGCAGCUACAUUGAAGGCCAGGACAUUGAAGGAAGUCUGGAAUAUUGCAGCGGUGAUUCCAGUGGAGAAGGGCGUGGGGGUUAGUGGUGGAAGUAAUGGAAGUUCUAAUGGUAGUUUCAGUGGUGAACUUCUUCCUGAAGAGAAUUUCCUUGGCAAUUGCAGUAGGGAAUUGCUUGCAAAGGGCUGUGAGCUCCUCAAACGUACCCGUAAAGGGGACCUUCAUUGGAAGAUCGUCUCUGUUUACAUCAACCGAUUUAAUCAGGUUAUGUUGAAGAUGAAGAGUAGACAUGUAGCUGGGACCUUAACAAAAAAGAAAAAGAAUGUGGUGCGGGGGGUGAUCAAAGAUAUGCCUGCAUGGCCAGGCCGCCAUUUGCUCGAGGGUGGCGAGCACCGGCGAUACUUUGGAUUGGAUACAACGUUGCGAGGCCUUGUAGAAUUCGAGUGCAGGAACCAGCGGGAGUACGAUAUAUGGACUCAAGGUGUCUCGAGGCUUCUCACUAUCGUAUCAGAAAGGAACAACAGUAGAUAUACAUAAUUUAGGGUUUGUUCUUUCACUAAUGGAAGGGGGAAAACAUGGCAACAACUGGUAGACUGGGAAAAUGUAGGAUUUAGAUUGCUCUCUAAACUUGAAAAGAAGUUUGUUAGCUCGAGUGGGGCUUUAUUUUUGUUCCUUUUUCCAUUUUGUGUAAAAAAAGUAGUGGUUAUUGGUAAAUUUAUGUGUUUGGAUUA